UUCUAUUUACAUAUAAAUAAACCAUUUCUAGUAUAAAAUCUCAAACUAGAGUAGAUAUAGAAAUUUCCAUUCUCUCUCUCUCCCUCCGGCUAUACAUAUAUUAAUCCGACCUCACAUAGGAGUUUCUAUUUUGUAGGAACAGCUUCUAAUUGUCAGACUCAACCUCUAUUACUAGUUUGUAAUAUAUAUAUAUAUAAAAGCCUUCUUUAGCUUUUUUAUCUCAUCGUUGAGAAUUGGAGCUGGAGGUUUCCUCUCUCUCUCAGCCAUCAUCAAUUAUGGGUCCUUUCUUCCGGUCUUGUACGAGUCGUGGUCCAAAUACAGAUAAAAGAAGAAGAAGAAGAAGAAGAAUGAACAGCACAUCAAGAAACAGAAUUAUACGGAAAAAAACAAAACCAGUUGGAAAGGUCUCAACCUCCGCCAUUAAAUCUCUUUCUGGUGAUUUGUUGAUUGAAGUUCUUGCUAGAGUCGGCUCCUCUUCCUUCACAGACCUCUACAACGCCAAAUUAUGUUGCAGAGAAUUUCUUGGAGCAGUAGAGGAUGAUUAUAUUCUUCAAAAGGUGUCUAUGGACAAAUUCCCAAUAAUUCCAUGGACUCCAAGCGAUGAAUUGAUUUCCUUCCUCAAUCGUUGCAAGGAGAGUGGAAAUCCAGAGGCUCUAUACAGGCAAGGAUUGAUUGAAUAUUUUAGUUCGUUGAGAACUGAAUCGGGACUGGAAAACUUGAAGAGAGCAGCAGAGAAAGGGCACGCAGAAGCAUCUUAUGUGUAUGGUAUAAUCUUGGUGUGCAAAGGGGGUCAAUUGAAACAAGAAGGGUUGAAGCUUCUAAAUGCAGUGAUGAGUUCAAAGCCAAGAAGUUUGAGGAUCAAAGAGUGUCGGAAAAGAAUAAAGUCCAUUAUUUGGAGGAUGUGGAUACACAAUAAAAUGGUCCCACAACAACUUCCUUCUUGCAAUGGGACAGACUGCUGCAUCAGAAAGAUCCAAACAUGGGAUUCGGAGGAUGAAGAAAUUGAUGCCAUGAAUUGUGAUGCUUGUAGAUGGAAUCAUGAAGUUAUUUCCUUCUGUAAUAUGCUACAUCGUGGAUGAUGCGUGUUUUUAUUUUGGAGGAUAAAAAAAAAAAAUUAUGUUUAAAUUUUUAUUAUUUUUUAAACAUUAAAUUAGACUUUAUUAUUAUUUUUUUUUUAUUAAUCUCGAAUGUUUUGAGCUUUUCUUGUGUGA